AUGGUCGCGAGUAAGACGCGCGCGCUGUGCAACGAAUGGGCCCUGUUUUCGGCCUCAUUAUCACCAGAUCACCUAUCAAGGGCACUUAACCGUAUAGCAUUAAACUUCUGGAGGCUGCCACAAGAGGUCGACCUACGACGGGAUCACUGUCUAAAGGGAUUCCUUGAGAAACACGUUAUCCGUACCAUUUUCCCAAAGGUAAAGCUAAACAAUGAGGGUCAACUGGGUAUUGAAGCGCUGCUACAACCGUUGCAACAGCGGGCGCUGCUACUUGGAAAGUCUGGAGCCCUGCGUCCGAAGGAUGCAUCACUGGUACUCAAUGCCUACGCCAAGAUCUAUCAGACUGUGAACCAGUCCCAUGCUAUGUCAUCACAUCAGUGGAAAGGCGUACCGAGACUCUUAAGACAUUAUGCGACGGAAAUUAUACCAACAGCGCGUUCCCUGGUCUCCGACAUGAACGAACAGGAUUUGUCACUCGUGCUGAACUGUAUGUCCAAAAUGGGUAUUCAAGCAGACGAGCUCCUUAAAGUUGCUAGCAGAGAGUUGGUAAGGCAUCUGAGGGGACAUUUUGGCCAGGAGACAUAUGGCCACAAAGCCUCCCACGUACUACCCAAGGCGAAAUACAACCUGUUUUCUCAAUUGACACCUCAAGGCGCAUCACUGAUCGUUAAUUCCUUUGCAAAGUCUAAUGUAGCGCUGGAUGAGUCUGUUAUUGGGCAUAUAUUGCACAGAUUUCUGCCGGAAAACCUUGAGCGUUUCCUCCCGCAGCAACUAGCAAUGCUACUACAUGGUUUUAUGAAGUUCAAUGUGCCAAAACGUGAUGUGCAUACUUCGUUAUGUCACUUGGAUCAGUUAGUAGCAUCGGAAUUUGCUGGUACCAAUGCAAAGCUGCUUUCUGCUUCCAUGUAUACCUUUGGGAAGUACAAUUUCUUGCCAUUAGCACUGGCAAGGAAACUGGAUGGCAUAACCCAAUCGAAACCGAUGAGAUGUUCGGAACUAGAGAUCAGUAAUAUAUAUUAUGGUUUGGGGAGGUUGAAUUUGCGUUGUGAACGUUUUUUGGCGAAACUCGGCCAAUCGUUGUCAGCGAUACUUCACGACCUCAGUCCCCAGGGUCUCUCUACGGCCUGUUAUGCACUGGCAAGGCUGGAAGUAGACGAUGCGCUAUACUCUACUGUUUUGCGCCAGUUUGAUAAAAUAGUCAAACGUAGCAAAGAUUCUAUAAAUUGUAAUCGUAUCAGCAACUCUCUGGCCACUGCAAACAAUCAGGUGUUGCCACUCCAUUUGGUAAACGUCUGCUUCAGCGCAACCACGGCAAUGAUUGUCGACCAGAAUAUUUUUGCGUCUAUGCUGGAUCACCUGUAUUUAUGCUUUAGGAAGUACCAAGGUACCUCGGAGGGUGGGAUACGCGGUUCCUCAGAUGGUCAUGCAGAUGCAUCAUCUGGUCUUGGUUCUUUGCCUGCUGACGGCAACGCUAUGGUCGCGGAUCGUCGGACUUGUGAUUUCAUUAACACGGAAUUAGGCACACAGGGUAUUUAUCAACUCUACUGCAUCUGUCAGCAUAUUGCCGUAUUUGCUCAUGGUGGUCUGCGUGCUCAAAACCUAAAUGUACUUCAGCUUCUUGAACAUUUGUUCGAUACUUGGGAUAAAAUAUCACGUGAUCGACAUGUUACAGGUAUCCUUGACUACACCGACGGAUCUGUUUCUUUGGUUGAUCCAGAUAUAACUACGUCAAGAAUACAGACUGCGGUGUUCGACCUUCUGAAGACGAUGAUACCCGCCUGUGGAGUGGCAGAACAUGCGCCCUCGUCCGACACCGCAGUUAACGGAACACAACAGAAACACACCAUGAUAGUGGCGGAGUCGCAAGCUACUCCAUACGUGAUCGACAUUCUUUUAUAUAGUGUGUAA